GGAUAAAUGAGUCUUCAUUCUAAGUACAUCUACGCAUGUCAAUAACGAGGAAAAUACCACCAGUAGAACAAUGUUUGCUUAAAUACAAAACGUGUCAAAUUAACACGCAAUUAAUAAACAAAAUGUGUUCGAAUAGCAUAAAGUGGUUUCUUUUGGUUUACAGUGUUCUACAUAGUGGAGAAACGGAAAGUACUAAUGAAAUUUAUAAAUUUAAACAAAGUUUAAGCGACUUAAUUGUUCAAUACCGUAUAAACAAUGCAACAAACAAUGGCAACACAACUGAUUUAUGUAUACGCCCACUUGAAAGAAAUGUCAGUGAUUUUCAAAAUAGUGAACUUUUCGAUAAAUUCCACCUCAAAGAUUAUUACGCCAGUGACUUCAAAUGUAAAAAGUUAUGUUUUAAAGUGAAUUACACAAUCGAAGAGAUCGAAGUCAUCCCUGUAGUUGUAAUUAGCAAUGACGUUAAAUUGAAUACAGAAAAUAAUACUGUAUUGGAGCUCGAAAGUAAGGCUAAUAACAGUCUCGGUGUAACAGAAAAAGAUAUUGCCGAUACAACUGAACAUGUGGAGAAUAAAGGUAUACAAGGAUUUGCUAUUGAUAUUUAUAAUAACGAUAAAGUGAACAGCUAUUACUUGCGGUACCAGUUAUGCAGGAAGUACAGAAAAAGCUAACAAUACAGGAAGUACAGAAAAAUAUGUCAACAAAACAGAAAAUGAAGGAAAUGAAACAAAUACAAAAGACUUGAAUCAUAUGAAUAACAACAAAACAGGCGAAGAAGUAACAACAGAAUAUAGUCCACAGAUGAACGAUACAUUAUCUACAUAUAGCCAAAACGUAACAAAUACCGACGUUGAUAAAGAGACGCAAGAAAAUGAAGAUAAAGGUAAAAAGACAGCUAUAAUAGUGGGUGCCUCAGUCGUCAGUGUAGCGACCACUGCCAUCGCUUCUGUCUUUGUUUACAAGUGGGUAAUAACGCUGCUACAAUCUGGUGUCUAUACAAUACCAGCCUAAGGAAAGGGAAAUUCAACCUUCAAAAUUUUGUUGCACCUGGAGGGCCUUGCACAAAUAUUUUAUUUAAAGUUUAGUUAUUUAUAAUUAUAAACAGGAAUCUACAAUCGUCAAAAUACUUAAAAACGCGAGAUCCCACGUAUAUUAGAGAAUCUUCCAGAAAACUGUUUACUUAGAAACACUUUUAUCUGACAACAGCUACAAAAGACGACACACAAAGAGGAAAUAUAAGAUCGUUUAUGACACAUAUAAAACAGUACCCUCCUUUAGCAGUCGGAUAUUUUUUUAAUACUCCUAAGCGGUUUCCCAGCUGCGAAACAAAACACCAACAAUUAAAAACACACGUCUUCAUAACCUUUCCCAUCGAUGCCUUAGCGCAUGCCCAGUAGCAGCGAACCCAUUUUAUCCUGAGAUCCGAAUCAGGAGCGGUGGACGUCUUUUCGGUCUAACAAGACACGUCAGCGCGGGGUGCGGGGGGUCAAGAGACAGUGGUCAAGUGUCUCACACAGGUUGGUUCGACCGACCUCGGCGCUUGUCGGCUCCACUCGUAGCGUGUAUAGGCUUUGUAGUUUAUGUAAUGGGACGGAUUUGGAAAAACUCUUUUACUUUAUGUAACCUCCUUAUAAUCCAACUCAGGUCAACAGGGGUGGACUAUGUGGUCAUUACUAUGGACUAGAAUAAUUUACCAUAUUCCAUUCAUUAUUUUAUAUAAUAUUUGCUACCACUUAAGAUGUAAUUAUUUGCUAUGUAAUAAUCACAAAUUACAAAAAAAUCCCACAAAUUAAUAAUGUUUCAUUAUUAAUUUGUGCAACUUGUUAUCUAAUUUCAAAUUAGCUGUAAUAUUAUAAUGAUUUUUGAAUUUAAGGAAGAGAUAAAAGACAAUUCUAAUUAAAAUUAAAUUAAAACAAAAAAAUAAUUAAAUAAUAUUUCUGCAUUUUAUUUAUCAUUAGUGAACUACCUAUUGACUUUAUCUAUCAGUAGCUUAAUAGUAGCUUUAUGUAUCAGUAGUUGAGUACCUAUUUUAUACGAAUUAUAUUUUUCUGAGAGGAGACUCGAGCUCAGCAGUGAGCCGAAUAUGGGUUAAUAAUGAUGAUGAUGAUUUUAUACGAAUAUUUUUUACCAGCCGAGUGAAAACGAACGGAUUAGUUUUUAGAGUACAAUAUAAGUUAGAUAAUUAUUUAAUUGCCUUUUGUUGAUAAUUAGCUAAACAGUUAAGCUCUGUCUUUUAUAUUCAGUAAUAGAUUAUCAUUUAAUUUAUUUUAUAUUUAUUAAUAGGUUAAAACAAUUAAGUCAAAUAUGUGUUUACUCAGAAAAUUGUAAAUGUUUAUUUUUUAAAUUUCCUGUAAUUUGUUUGUGAGCCACACCUAAAAAAUAUUUUUGAAACAUAAUUAUAAUGUAUGUGUGUAGUUUGUUACACGCCUAAACCACUAAACCAAUUUAAAAAAUAUUUCGCUAAUAGAAUGUUAAUGACUUUGUGGCAGCGUUGAUUAAUAAAAGCAACUUUGAUUUUUGCAGCAGUUGUAAUAAUUUUUUCUUUUUUCAUUUUUUGGUAAGUAGAGGCAGACAUUUUUAAUGAAAAAAUUUGACAAUGAAAUACGACGCGUGCACCGAAAUGACAAGACAGAAUCGCGCGGGCACAGAUUAAUACUUCACAACUUCACAGACCCAUAAUACAUUUAAUGUCAGUUAGACAGAGAAUUUUGAGUGACACCAACACAGAGCGCGAGCGCGAACAAGAAUGUUACAUUAUUAGAGAGUAACAUAUUCUUUAUUUUAUCCCCACAAGCACGGAAACUAUACUGUUUAUACCACGGUUGCCUCCUCUAGUCACACUUAUAUUAUAGGCGACAGUGUGUGUUAUACACUACUCCUUUAGACUGCAGCUACUAAAACAAUUAGCAAAAUUUGGAAUGGAAAUUUUACCCUAGAUUAACACAUAGGACUUUAGAUAAACUGUAUUCCACACGUGCGAAGUCGCGGGCGUCUUGUAAUGUUCAUCAUCAUUAUCAUAAUCAACCCAUAUUCGGCUCUCUGCAGAGCUCGAGUCUCCUCUCAGAAUGAGAGGGAUUAGGCCAAUAGUCCACCACGCUGGCCCAAUGCGGAUUGGCAGACACACACGCAGAGAAUUAAGAAAAUUCUCAGGUAUGCAGGUUUCCUCACGAUGUUUUCCCUUCACCGUUUCAGACACGUGAUAUUUGAUUUCUUAAAAUGCACACAACUGAAAUGUUGAUGCAUGCCCCGGAUCAGAUUCGAACCCACACCCUCCGGAAUCGGAGGCAGUGGUCAUAUCCACUGGGUUAUCUCAUACGUUUUUUUAUUUUAAUAAAUCCUUCAACCCCUAAUCCCUCCCUGUGCGGGGGGCUCCACCCACGCAUGCGCCGUCCGAGCACACGACACCGCCUCGACAGCCAGACAACGUGCCGAGUUCCACACACCCCAUGAAAAUAUACAUUUCGUACUUUUUAUCACUAAAUAAACCCUUCAAAACUGACGAAAUAAAAAAAACUUUAAACAAACCAUACAAAUAUUACUAAAAUAAAUAAAUAUAUAAACAAUAUUAAUUGCAAUUUCAAUUUGAUUUGAUUGUUCAGACCGGACUAACAUAGUGAUGUGAUGUGUGUAUUAUUUAAUUGAUUCGAUAUUCGAUUACAAUAAGUGUUAUUUAUUGAAUGCUCUGGGAUAGUCGAUAGUUAGCUUAGUUUAGUGUUGUGACAUGAGGUGUAUACCGGAAGGGCUUGCGUAACUUUGGCAGGAGACGCGCGUCGGAGUGUCGUCGCCGUGGCGCGGUGAUGUCGGCAUGGAAGUGGCCGCGCUGGUGGUGUGCGCGCUGGUGGUGAGCGCGGCGCCCAACGCGACCCACCGCCGCGACACGCGCGACCAGCCCGCGACUGUCGCGGCGAGCAACGCGACGCACCGCCGCGACACGCACGAGCCGCUCGCGCCCGAGGAGGAGGACGACCACGCCGUGGAGUACUACGAUGACGCCAAGAUCAACAUAUCCGCGAAGGGCAUGUACCUGGGGUCCCCGUGCGAGUUCACGUGCAACCCGAGCCUGCUGCACGUGUACUGCGAGCCGCGCACCAGCUCGUGCCAGUGCGACCCCAAGCACCCUGUGUCACUGGGGGUCACCACAGGCUGCGCCAAACCAAAAAAGUUGGGAGAGCAAUGCUUUUACCAAGAGACGUGCCACGCGUUCGACCCGCACGCGUCGUGCGUGCAGGUCAACCACAACGCCUAUUGCCAGUGCGACGCCGGCUACCACACCACCAGCCACUCGCGGCCUACGCAGAGGAUAUUCUGCACUGAAGACUUGGUGUUGCUGACAGCGGACAUGCCGACGCUGUUAGGCGUGGCGUCGGGCAUCUUCGUGCUGGCGGGGCUGCUGUGCAUGGUGCUGCACCUGUACACCAAAGCGCGCUACCACCCCGCGCACCUGGCUGACGCGCGCCUCACGCCGCCCUGCCUCUACUCGCUCAACGACACCGGGGGCACGCUGAGCGCGACCCGUGCGUCAUCACGUGCGUCGUCGCGCAGCGGCAUGACGAGCGGCACGCUAGAGCUAGAGGGCACAUCGCGGCGCGAGUCACGUCGCGCUGCGUCGCGCGCAGGUUCGAGACGUCCAAGUCUAAGCUCAGUGCAGAGCAGUUCAUCUUCCAUUAGGAGUUAUAGUGCAAAGAAAUGGGAGAGAGAAAGAGAGCAGAAGGAGAGAAGACAGAUGAGCAUGCGUCUCGCUCAGCUGCACGACAAAAUGGCGGCCGGGAGAGACAUACCGAAGCAUGCGCCGACGCCGUCUCCCCGGUCGCCUAAUAACUCCACUGAUGGACUGCUGCCGUCUGUCUGUGAAAUUAGAGAGCUGGUGACGAGCUCCGAGCAGCAGCUGCAAGGCGUGGACGGGCCGUGCUCCAGCUCAUCGCUUUACUGACAGCAGCGAUCCACGACCAUUCGGUCGAUGGAUUCCCUGUCAUCGGACGGCACGCCGGCCGUCGCUUGGAUGUAGCUCCAAACAGUUUCGUGAAAAUCCAUCCACUAUACAGGACUUUAGUCAUUUGGGUAAAAAAUGCGAACACAAUUUCUUAGACGACGUUUUGGGCAGGACUUUCACCAUUAUGCAUCCUUAUCUCAUCUUUGUGGUAUUUGGUUAACCUGACUAGUUUAUUGACACACCUAUAUAGGGGAGGAUCUCCUAUACUAAUAGUAGAAGAUUCGAAUUAGAAACAACCUUCACCCAUUAGUUUAAUGGAUAAAAAGUGUUUUAGAAUAUGUUAAAAAAUAUGUUGCGUGCUCUUGGUCAAAUUAUUUUUAACCACUAUUAGCUAUCGUUAAUGAUAGUUUAGGCAGCUUUUGAGGCAACCUACUCGCAACAUAUUGUUUAACAUACUAAUUUUGAUAUAAAAUAUUUUUCAUCCAUUAAACAUGGGUGAAGGUCGUUUCUAAUACGGAUGAUAGACAUACAAAGCCCGUAUUCGAUUUUCUUCAAGCUACUUGAGAGGAACUCAACAUUGCGCUCAUGUAGGUCUUCUUUAGUUGAGUACUGUCUAUUAAUUACGUACCUUAGUUUAUGACAUCCUGUCCCAUCUUGACUUUGACUAAUUAUUGUAAGUAUACACUCUUUUACUCCUCGUAAAAGAGUAUAUGCCUACAGUUCAAGUUCAAAUGUUACCUAUGUCAGGUACCUAUCAAGCUUUUGGAUCAUGAUAAUCCUGAGCUUUGAUUGGAAAAUACUGGGUAUUUCUUUUUUUCAAGGAACUCUCAGAUGCAGUCCAAAGUUGCGAUGUAUUUGGCGUUAAACCACCGUGUAUCGAAGAGAGACGAUAAACAAGCAAUCCAGACUAUAAUAAUUAAUCGCUGAAGAAUCCAAUUUGUCAUUGUCCGAUUAAUGAUUCGAAGUCAGGACUCAGGACCAACAAACCAACCAUAGACUAACCUCUAAACCAUACCUUUAGACCUUUAGACCUGGUAGAAUCUUUACAAAUAGUCAACUGAUGUUUCAAAAGUGCUUGUAAACUGAGCCUACUUGAAUUUUGACCAAAGAGGCAGUUAUUUACGCGUCUUUACCCAUUUGACUAAAGCUUGUGUUAUCAUAUGUACCUAGUGGAUGAAAUGGACGAUUCAUAUUAUGUAGAAGAAUAAUACGAGAUCGAAGACUUUAGUAAAUGACAAUCACAUGUGAACGCGUCCAACAGUGAAAUGUUAUUACCUCUAGAGCUAUAUACUAUAGGCCUGUCUUGGCUAAGGCUAAGGCUUUUUUUCCAGCCGUAUUUAUCCCAGGCUAAACAAAAGUCACAUCGAUAACGUCAAAUUGAAUGUACCUACCUACCUAUUUAUAUUAUUCAUACAUAAUUAUAAUAAUGGAGAACAUACAUAAUUAAAAUAAUGGAGUAAAAUUAUAUUUAGAUAAGUAUUCCUAGUGUUUAUUUACUUUUUUACAUAGUUGAUUAGAUAUAAUGACCUUCGAUUUAGCCUCAACUUCAAGUGUGUAUAUUAUUAAAUCAUCAUAAUUGACAACUCAUGUUCGGCUCACUGUUGACCACGAGUCUCCUCUCAAAAUAAAAGGGGUUAGGCUAGUAGUCCACCACGCUGGCCCAAUGCGGAUUGGCAGACUUCACACAUCUAGAGAAUUGAGAAAAUUCUCAGGUAUGCAGGUUUCCUCAAGAUGUUUUUCCUUCACCGUGAUAAUUAAUUUCUUAAAGUAUAUUAUUUAAUAUGGAUAAAUCCAUAAUACUGUUCAAAUCAUGUUAGUGAUUUUUAUUACUUUGGUUAUAAUUUGUAGCAACCGUAAUGAUUAUAAAGACGUUCUUUGGAACCUUAAGUACACGUGGUAACAUAAUUAUAUGCCUACCAAUUUUACAGAUAUUACACAAUUUAACGUCAUUGAAAUAAUAGAUAGGUGUACAUCACUAUACCGAGCUUAAUCUCAUAACUCAUACAUCGCAAUAAUGCCUAGGCAAGAGUAAAAUCUACGACCUAAGUGGUAUUGUCUCUAGAGGAAAUAAAAUCUCACUGUCAGUAAACGCUUUGUCAGCGAAUGAAGAAACGAAGAGCACAAUAAUAACAAAACUAUAUUAUUUUAUAUAAAUGAAAUAACCCCUGAAUGAAACGCCAUAUCGAAAUAGAUUAAUAGACGUUUAUUAAGUUUUUCUAAACAAAAAUGUUUGACCAUCCCAAAAUGUUUAUGUAAAUUAUAGAAUAAGAUUUCAGAAUGUCCGUAAUACAUAGCCUUAAAGUUGAUUGCACAUUGCCGGAAUAACCGCACGCAAUAGAGUUUCUCAUUUACAUCUGCUAGCUGCAAGCUCUAGAGGACCGCACGAUAACAUCACCUAAUAUUUCCGUCAGUUCCAUAUUAUGUACUAAAAAUAUUAUUUUAGAUAAUAAUAAUUUAAUUUAUAAUAAUAUUUUUAUUAUGUUCAGCGCAUACCGACAUUGUGCGAUCGACUUAAAAAUAGUACCUACAAAGAAUUAUAGAAAGAAAAAUUAGAUAAAUUUUAAUGAAGAAACCGCUCUAGUAUAAGUUGAAAUGAAAAAAAUACUCACAAAACGCAGAUAUUUAUUGUGAUACAUCACACUGUUCAAUGUUGUAUUGAUGAAGGAUUCGAAGAGAGAGAAAGGUUUAACUGAUUAAAGAUUUCUUAAAGGCUUUUCACACGUAUCACGGUUCACGUGCGGUUGUAUUGCGGCAGCAUGUUGCAACUGUUAGGUAUUAUAAUUAAAGUCUUAUUAAAUAUUGUUUUUAAAAUAAUUGUAUUAAAUAAUUUGUAUUGUCAAUAUUUUCAAUGAUAUUUUUGCUAGAUUAAUAAAUAAUUUAACAAAAACAAAUUACCAAAGGAAAAGCAAAAUUCAAAUGAAUAUUUUUAAAAUAAAUCGCAGAUUUUGACAACAAAAUAGUCCAAAAGCACAAGAGGGGCUGCUAUUUAUAGUAAAUAACAGAUACUCGUAGUUGAUUAGUUAGUAAUAUGCAACUUUUGUUACUAAGCUUGCGGUUGCCGCUGUUACAACCAAGUUUGAUGCGUGAAUAUGUUGACAUGUGCGAAGACAUUGAGAGUUAAGGUUCGCACACAUUGAUUCUUUUAUCCGUUUAUGUCCAAUUUGCACUCAACGGCAAAAACUUAAAUGUGUGCGAAGCUUCAUUGCGAAUACACACUACUGUUAACCGCGGGUAAGAUUUUACUUGUAAAGCCAGCUAAGAGCUACCUUUAACAUUUCAUUCACAUCAAUAUGAUAAUAAGUUGGUCUCUUUUUAAGCUGUUAGUACAGAUAACUCUCCUUUAACACAUUAAACUUAGCCAUAUUAUCUUUUUUUAAUACGACCAGUUAGGUAUUUCUGUGUAAGAACUGGCUACGACAAAAGGCCAGAACCACGGCCUUACGGUGACCAGUCAUCAGUUUUUUUCGACCCCUUUACCCUUGAACUAUUUAGGCAAAUAUGACAUGUCCAUUCCAAACUAUUGACUUGCUGCAAUGGAAAUGAGGGUAGAUUGAAAUAAAUACGUGAACUAAAUUACCCGCGGAUAAGUUCUGUAGUACGUUGUAGGCCUAGAACAAUUUGAUAUAGAAAGGAUGUGCUUAAAGCUUCUAGAAGGAGGCUUGCCCAACUUAGAAUUAGGUGGAUUAUGUAUCGAUUAGGUAAAAUAAGUGAAUAAUUGUAAUAAAACGACUACAUUUGUUAAAGCGCGUUAGAUAUAUUAUAUAGUGUUACAUAGAGUUAAAUGUAUUUGUUUGUGUAUAAAUAUUUCGGGUAAAAUCUAAUGUAUGGAUGCAGUUUCAAACUGUGCAUGAGUAUCGUAUGUAGUUCGGUGCAUUGUACUUAUAUUUUUUAUGUUUUUAUAUUAAACAGUACCUAACCUCUACUGUAAGGGCAACAACCAUUUAAAUGGACGGGCAUUUGGUAGGCAGUAUAAUAUCCCAUCAUUUCUUUUCAUUUGUAUAGAUUGUUAUUUUUAGUUACGUAUCUUCUAUACUUAUAAAGCUGAAGAGUUUGUUUGUUUGUUUGUUUGAUUGAACGCGAUAAUCUCUGGGACUACUGGUCCGAUUUGAAAAAUUCUUACAGUGUUAGAUAGCUCAUUUAUCGAGGAAGGCUAUAGGCUAUAUAUUAUCCCUGUAUUUCUACGGGAACGGGAACCACGCGGGUGAAACCACGCGGCGUCAGCUAGUAUCUAGAUAAUACUGCCAAUCUUUCUUGCUUGCCAAUCGAAAACUUCCUUAUUUUGUUUUGGAAUUAAUAUUUUAAUUAAUCAAAAGUAACAUUAAAAUUAUCUACCAUUGUAGUUAAAUAUUUACUUGCUAAGGAAACGGCCUAAAACAUUUAGUAGAUAGGUACACCCGUUUUGUAUUCUGAGGUAGGUACCUGGCUUGGGUAAGUAUGUUGGUUGAGACAUUUUUAUCUUGUAAAUCGUGUAUUUUAUUAUUUUGUACUCGCUGACGCUGCGCAGUUUCACCCGCGUGGUUCCCGUUCCCGUAAAGAAUACGGGGAUAAUAUAGCCUAUAGCCUUCCUCGAUAAAAGGACUAUCUAACACUGAAAGAAUUUUUCAAAUUGGACCAGAGAUAGUUGAGAUUAGCGCGUUCAAUCAAACAAACUCUUCAGCUUUAUAAUAUUAGUAUAGAUUAUGUAAUAAAAUAUUGUAACAUAAUUUCGUAGAUUUCAUGUACUAUCUAUAUAUUUAACUGCUUUAUCUGUGCUAACAAUACUAACCUCAAAGACGUAGAUUUCUCUGUAAAAAAAAACUCGUCUUAGGAAAUGACCUACAAAACAAUACCUUGCUUAUUCAGCUACCUACCCAAUGUUGUCUAUUUUGUUUCUGAGAUACCUAUGUACACCAUAAUAAAUAAAUAUACUUACUAUAAACAUGAAAUGUUCUUCAUUUAAAAUGGUAUCAAGUAAUUGUAAGUUUGUUAUCUUAUUUUUAAAUUUAUAAAACGUAAAAUAUUUGAACUAGGUAGGUCGAAAUUUAUUUGUUCAUAUACAGGAGUGCAGCAAAUUGUAUAAAUGAUUAGGCGCCUGUGUCAGAUUUUUCAGCAAUUUUUCAUGGCUUAUUUAUUGAUAUUUUAAAUUUCUAUUAUUAAUUAUUAUUACCUAACUAGGCUUCACCCGCGUAGUUCACGUUCCCGGAAUGAAAUAUAACCCAUGACACUCACAAAUAACGUGGCUUUAUUCUAGUAAAAGAAUUUUCAAAAUGGGUUACGUAGAUCCAGAGAUUUGCGCCUGUAUAAUAUUAGUAGUUAAAGAUUACUAAUAAGCAGUGUUACCAGUUGGGUCUUGUUAGAAGUUACCCGACAUAUUAAAAAAGUAACCUUUUUUUAGUAAAAAGUAACCUUUUCACUAACUACUCUUGCUUUUUGUGUUCCACAGCAUGGCUAAACCACCAUUUCAGCCUCUGGGGGCUACAGUAAUUUUGUUUUUUUUUUAACCGACUUCCAAAAAGGAGGAGUUUCUACGUUCGGCUGUAUGUAUGUUUUUUAAUAUCUGUCUGUUACAAAUACUAGCCAAGUACUAAAUUACUAUAAACCGAAGGAGAUUUUACUCGUAAAUAGUACUACUACUCGUAAAUAUCUUAAGUAAGGCCCUGAUUGUUUGCCCUCAUGCCCUCCUCAUUUAAAAAACAAUUGACGUGAAUAAUACUUAAUUCAUACUUCUUUUUUUUAAGAAAUUCAAUGUGACUGCAACUUACUUAUUUCACAACGUCAAUUGUAACAUCUUCAUAUAAAGUGAGAUUGACACAGAAACAUCGAUGAGUUCAUGAGCACUUGUCCGCAUUUCUUAAUUUAACGACCGUUCUGUUUUAGGUAUACGAAAUUGCAAGUUAAUUCUAGAAAAUCCGAAAAACACGUAAAAGUAACCUUUUUAUUAAUGUAACCUAAAAGUUACCAAUGCAGUCAAAAAAUCACCUAAAAGGUUACAAAAGUAACCUUCUGGCAACACUGCUAAUAAGUGACCCUGCAGUAUUGCUUUAGCAGCAUGACUUUGCCGAUAGAACUAUUAGACAAAUUAGAAAAUAUGAAAUCGAGUUGUGCUGAGCAUCGAACCCGAGACCUCUUGGUUUUGAGCAAGACUGCUACUGUAUAAUGCGAUAAUAAUAAAGCUGGCUACGCAGUACCUACGCAGUUGAUUCGCUAAUGGACAUACAAAAGAUUUUACCCGUAAUGAUAAUACUUUUAUGUUGACGAAAAAACAUUUAGCACUAUGGUUUUGCCUUUGUACAAAAUUUUGUUAUAAAAUUACAUUAAUUAGCUGUUAUAUAUGUACUUACAGUAAGACAAAUCGAAUAAUGGCGGUGGAAAGUUUUGUAUUCCUAAUUUAAAAGUAUUAUAUUAAGUACUUGGGCUAUUUUGAAUACGGUGUUAGAUAGGCUACCCGCAUUAUUUGAUGAGUUGUAUUGUAACUGUAAGCCAAAGUGUUACGUUAAUAAAACAAAAUAAAUGUUAUUUGUAUAAAUAA